AUGGCUGGCGGAAGUGAUCGGCGGGGGGUGGGGAGCCCCUCCAGUGUGGGAUCGGUGCACUGGGGGUUCCGCCCUGGCCCUGCCCGGGAGGAGGGGGUGACACGGAAUCCCGGACAGACGGAGAGGGCGUCCGGCUCCGGCUCCCGGAGGCAGCUGGCAGGGAGGGGUCAGUGGGUGAGCCAGUGCAGCCCCGCUUCCCCUCCCCCGCUCCCUGCGCGCCCCGAAAAGCCAUGCACCCUGGUUGCGGGGGGGCUGGCACACAAGCCCAUGCACUUCGCCCCCGAUCGCCCCUCCCGGGCGGCGCCCCCUCCCUGCGCCCGGGAUCCCGAGCGCCUCCAGCCCCCGGGCAGCUGGCAGCCACCCCCUCCUCGGAAACUUGGGGACGGUCCCCGGAUCUCCCCUCCGCAGAGGGCAGGGUGGGCGCAGCGCCUCCGGCCCGUCCCCGCCUGCACCCGGUCCCCGGGGCCGCGCCGGGCACCCACUUACCUCGCGGGGCCGGGCCGGGGCGCGCGGGGCCGAGGCCCGCGGUGGGGACUGGGCUCCGGGCCGCUGGCCUCCGGGGUCCGGGCGCUCGCUCUCGCUCGGCUUCCCCUUGCGCUGCGCCUCGCUCGCUCCAGCGGCGGCGGCGUCACUGCCCCUACAGUAACUGUACAGUACAGCCAAAGCCCCGUAUGA